GAGAGUGGCAGACCGGAAGUGGAACGUGCAGACAGAGAGUCGGAUGAGGACAUGGCUCGCCUGGUGGCCGACCUUCAGAAGAGGAUGGAGCGCACAGAGCCGGUGACGGUGAUGAAGGACAUCUCAGAUCAGUGCAUCUUCACCCAAAAGGAGGCGCUGUUCGAGUGCGAGGUGAAGAUCAACUACCCCGAGAUCGCGCUGUCCUGGUACAAGGGAACGCAGAAACUGGACUCCAGCGACAAGUACGACAUCAGCAUCAGCGGAGACCGUCACCUGCUGAAGAUCAAGAACUGCCAGCCCGCCGACCAGGGGAACUACCGGGUCGUCUGCGGGCCGCACAUCUCCAGCGCCAAGCUGGCCGUCGCCGAGGCGGAGGUGGAGAAGCACCUGCAGGAGACCGCGGAAAUUGAAUUAGCAAUGGCGCCCAUGGAUGUCCCAGACUCCUCAGUUCAGAGGCCUGAAGUGCCUUCAUCCGUGGCAAUUCAAGUGGAGAUUGAGAGCUGGAGUGAAGAGACGGUAACACAACAGGUGUCCAUAGCCACAGCUGCCAGAGUCGCAGUUGAGGAGAAAGUAGAGACCAAGAAAGUUGAAAUGAGAGAGGGAAUCCCAUCCAAAGUUCCCAAAGCUGAGGAGAAGCCUGAGGAGAAGCCGAGGGCGUCGCUGAAGGAGCCGCCCCCCCCUACAGUACCUGAAGCCACAAAGCCAUUGGAGAAAAAGGUUGCUGCCGUUUCAGAACCAGAGCAGAAGAAAGCCCCCUCUUCCAAAGAAGCAGAGGAGGUUCAGAAGCCUGCUGCUGUGCCCUCACCCCCUGCGGAGAAGCCUGGACUGCCAAAGAAAGAUGAGCCCAAGCCUCAGGCACCAGCUGAGCCCAAAAAAGUGGCGUCUGCAGCCAAACCUGAGCCUGAGCCUGAGCCCAAGCUCAAACAGAGAGCCGAACCUGAAGCAAAGCUUAAGCCCAAAGCAGAACCUGAAGCCAAACCGGCGGUGAAGGUGGAGCCGGAUGCUAAGCCAGGGGCGGUAAAGAAGCCGGCCACCCCCCCCUCCAAAGAUCAAACCAAGGGACCCGUCCAAGCACCGGGAGGAGUCAAGAAAGAGGGAUCACCAGCAGCAGAAGCAGCAGGUGGAGGUAGAGGUAGAGGACUGAAACCCAAGCAGACCCCGUCCCCCGGAGAAGGUAGGGGCCGUGGUCUGAGGCCCGGAGGAAAGGGUCCCACGCCACCAGACGAACCGUUCGCAGGGUUCAAGCUCAAAGCCGUCCCUCUGAAGUUCAUCAAGAAGCUUCAGGACAUCUUGUUGAAGGAAGCCGAGUCCAUCGGAUCGGCUGCGGUGUUCGAGUGCGAGGUUUCGCCCUCCACCGCCAUCACUACCUGGAUGAAAGACGACUGUAACCUUCGCGAGAGCCCCAAGCACAAGUUCACCUCUGACGGCAAAGACCGCAAGCUGAACAUCAUUGAUGUCCAGCUCUCUGACAACGGGGAGUACACGUGUAUAGCCAAGAAUGCCGGCAAGGAGAUAUCAUGCAAAGCCAAGCUCAUUGUUGAAGAGCUUCCAUUGAAAUGGAUCAAGGAGCUGGAGGAGGAGACCUCGGCUAUGAAGGGUCAGCCUCUGUACAUGACCUGUGAGUUGAACAAAGAGAAGGAUGCGAUAUGGAAGAGGAACGGUGAGGUCCUGAAGAAACAGGCCGGGAAGAUUCAGAUCAACGUCAUCGGCAUGCAGCACGCUCUGACCAUCCAGAACUCCAAUGAGGCCGACACCGGGCUCAUCAGCUGUGAGGUGUCCGGCCAGGAGGAUGUCAAGACCUCAACGAAUGUCAAAAUCAUUGAAAUCAUCAGGGAUUGGAUUGUGAAACCGCUGAGAGACCAGCAUGUGAAACCGAAAGCCAACGCUACGUUUAAGUGCGAGCUCUUCAAGGAAUCCCCCAACUGGAAGUGGCUCAAAGGAGAGGAGGAGAUCACUCCUUCAGACAAGAUUGAGAUCAAGAAGGAAGGAAAGGAGCUGACGCUCACCAUCAAGAACUGUCAGCCUGAGGAUGUGGCGCAGUAUUGCAUGGAGGUGGAAGGACGCCUUUACACCGCCAAUCUCACUCUAGGAGAGCGCGAGGCUGAGAUCCUGAAACCUCUGGCCAGCGUUGAGGUGGUUGAGAAGCAGGACGCCGUGUUUGAGACGGAGAUCUCUGAGGACGAUGUUCCCGGUGAAUGGAAGCUCAAAGGAGAGGUUCUGACCAGAUCCCCGACGUGCGAAAUCCACAUGGAGCGCGGGGUGCGUAAGCUCACUCUGAAGAACUGCCAGUUGGAUCAUGCCGGAGAGGUUUCGUACCAGGCUCUGAACGCCAUGACCAGCGCGAUGCUCAACGUCAAAGAGCGCGACAUUAAGGUGGUCCGCCCGCUGUACAGCGUGGAGGUCACUGAGACCGAGACCGCCAAGUUUGAGACGGAGAUCUCCGAGGAGGACCUGCACGCCACCUGGAAGCUGAAGGGGGAGCAGCUGCACCCCUCACCUGAUGUGGAGAUUAAGGAAGAGGGAGCGCGACACAUCCUGGUCAUCUUCAACUGCAAGAUGGACAUGGCAGGAAGCAUCGACUUCUCCGCAGCCAACGCCAAGUCCUCCGCCCAGCUCAGGGUCAAAGCGCGGGUCAUCGCCGUGGAUCGGCCCCUGGCGGACGCCUCGGUGACCGCCGGAGAGACGGCCACCUUCGAGUGCGAGCUGUCGUACGAGGGCAUCGCCGUCGAGUGGUUCCUUGGGGGUACCAAGCUGGAGCCAAGCGACAGAGUGAGUCCACACACACACACACACACACACCUGAGCACACACCCUUCCU